AAAGUGACUCACUUGUGGUUACGCCCUAUUCUAAGAAGAGGUGCACGAGCAGGAAGUGUUCGCCAGCAUAAUGACUCUUCGUGUUUGCUAGAGAGGUGUUUAAAAUUGAAAGAAACUGUUGUAACUGAAUUACUGUCCCUGAUCCUGCCAUGAGUGUUACAGCUGUUUUUAUACUCAGCAGUCUUGGCUUUGCCAUACUUGCUAAAGCACAAGAUUGCUCCACACCUAUUGGAGGACUCCACAUGAAUUUGAGAGAUGACUACAUUACCAAGAACACAUUUGCAGAUGGGAGCAAAGUUUAUUUUGCCUGUGCUGUUGGCUACACAUCUGCUGGAGGGUCUGCAUCUAUCACAUGCACUGCUGGCACAUGGAGUAAAGUGCAACUGACAUGCGAAAGAAAAUCUUGUGGCGCUUUGGAUGAGGUGUCUAAUGGUCAAAUUGAUUAUGCUGGAGUUGAGUUUGGCGAUACAGCUACGGUCACUUGUAACCCAGGUUACCAGCUGGUUGGGAGGUCGACUUUGAGAUGCGAAGACACCGGAUGGUCUGGCAGGUUACCAACAUGUGACGCGGUGAAGUGUAGCACACCAGCAGACAUUUUAAACGGUGGAUUUGAUCCAAACAAAGAUUCCUAUUUUUUCGGAGACGUUGUGCGGUACUCCUGCAACAAAGGAUUGGUACUUGAUGGAUCAAGAGAGAUAACCUGCUCUGAUAAUGGGAAUUUCUCCCCUUCUCCUCCAAACUGUGUCAAGGUUGAAUGUAAAGAUCCUGUAAUUGAAAAUGCCGUCUUUGAAAGUGGUUCUCGGCCUCCACAUGGACACAAGGCUACAGUGCAGUACAGCUGUAUACAUGGAUACAGAAUGAUUGGCGUGCCCUCUGUGACUUGUGAGAUAAAUAAUCAAUGGUCACCAUCAUUACCAGUAUGCAUAAAAAUAAUUCCAACAGUUCGUCCUACUUCCACUACUAUCACCACCACAAAACAACCUAAAGGUGGGACUUCCACCCAAGCUCCAACUCCAAACUCCCGAGGUGUGACAUCUACCCAAGCUCCAACUUCCAGCCUCCCAGCUGCUGGUGGUGGUCUCUCUCCGGGAUGGAUUACUGUUAUUGUAUUUGUAGUUCUCAUCUGCUUGGUUGCCAUAAUUGUAUUCUUCAUCCGAAAGAAACGCAGUCAGCGAACCCGUACUGUCAAAGAUCCUGCAAAGGAUGGCGAGGAUGUAGCACUCUCGUAAGCAUCACUGUCCUGUUGACCCAAAACUCCUGCAUGUGAAGAUGCUGCCUUGUGGAGAGGACGAUUCCCGGAUGCAUCUGUGAAUGAAUGCAGUUCCAAAGAAAAAUAUGGAAAUCAUUAAACUCCUCUUCCAGAAAUCACAGUUUCUGCAGAGUAGUCAAACUGUAAUUCAGACAUUGCAGACAUGACAUUUAUUCUCACUUUGAUGCUUCAGGCGCCUGGUCACUUAUAAAACAUUUGUAUCCACUUGUUCCACCUGUUUCACUUUUUUGGACAUUACUGUUCUCUACAUUGAUUUAGAAUGUUUGCACUAGAACACAGCUCAAGCUAGUCUUCACGCACAGAGAUCUUAGUUUAAUAAGAAGAUCUGGCAACAUUGUUUUCCAACAUUGUGUUUAACUUUUCUGUUUGUGCAGAAAUAUUUGAUCUAAUAAAAAAAAUAAUGGGAACUUUGUAUUUUUAGAAAACCACUCAGUCUUAAAGUUCAUUAUUUAUACAGAUCAGAAAUUAGUGCCUAGCAAAGUUGCAUCCUAUGUGACUAUAUGCAAAAAAAUAAAUAAAUAAAAUUCUUUGCUUUCUGUGUUUUGAGUUAACAAUCUGCAGUUUGAAUCAUGUUAUCAUAGAACAGGUUUUUUUUUUCUAUUCUGUUUUGCUGUAUGUUGUCAGAUAACCCAAUUUUCUUCUCAUCUGUAAAAUUCAGUUUUCCUUUUACAUUGCAGCAAUGUUAACAUGUUUUUAGUAGGCAAACUUAUAAAUUCACUGUGCUUGCAUACAUUUGAAUAGAAGGUUAUCUUAGAUAGACUUGUACUUAUUUAUUAAGUAAUGACUUCACUAUGAUUUCAUAUUGUUUGUCUACUUGUGUAUUUUUUUCGUAAUUAAAAUGAAGGCUAAAAACAGAAGUGUUGUUUUUCUGUACUAGCCAUUGUAGGAUGUAUUUUAGGGUGGCAUCUUGUUUAAACCAUGUUGAGCUCUUACCCUAACUUACUUUAUUGUCUUUGAAGCACAAAUAAAUGCUAUUCUGAGUUUUAA